CUGCAAAAUGACCAUUCGCCCAGCAUACAGGCCCAAGAUUGUUAAGAAGCGCAGCAAGCACUUCAUCCGCCACCAGUCGGAUCGAUAUGCCAAGUUGUCGCACAAAUGGCGCAAGCCAAAGGGUAUCGACAACAGAGUACGUCGUCGCUUCAAGGGACAGUAUCUGAUGCCAAACAUUGGUUACGGCUCCAACCAGCGCACCCGCCACAUGCUGCCCACCGGCUUCAAGAAAUUCCUCGUGCACAACGUGCGUGAAUUGGAGGUGCUGCUGAUGCAGAAUCGCAUCUACUGCGGCGAGAUUGCCCACGGCGUCUCCUCGAAGAAGCGCAAGGAGAUCGUUGAGCGUGCCAAGCAGCUGUCCGUGCGCCUCACGAACCCCAAUGGUCGUCUGCGCUCUCAGGAGAACGAAUAAGCUUAAGUUAAGAAAUUCGCUUCAUCGAGUUUUUAUAACGUAGUCGUCGGAAUACACACAACAUUUGAAACGUUCAACAAAAACACACAAAAAAAAGUGCGUAAAUUAUUUACUACGGGCUAAAAUUAAUUGGGUUCCAUUUUUGUUGUGAUACACAGUGGUCAAAAAUAAAAACUCUUCGUUUGCAAAGCUGAUUUCAAA